CGCCAUUGCUCCUUCCCAAUUUCGCCCCCUCCCCUCCAAAUUUUCAAACUCCCGAACUAUGAAAUUCGCUAAAAAAAUUAUCUUUCUCGUCAGAGACAACGAUGGAUUUGGUCCUGCCAUCGCACUUUCAUUAAUCCCAAACCCUAACUCCGAUCUCACGAAAUCGGAAAGUAAAUUUGAGCUCUCUUUGACGAACUAUGGCAUCACUGAUCAGAAAGCUUCAGGUGAUUUGAUCAAUUUUGUCGACUCGCAAGGCGAGCCUCAGGUGUCCAUCUUACUUCUACCGAAUUAUGAACCUCCUAUUGCUGCAUGUGCUGUCAGAGAAGUUCUAUCAUCCAUUCUUUCAGACAACCUUUCUGGUCAACCUACAAUAGUACUUCCAUUCGUGAUGAAAAGUCUCAAGUUUAAUCAAGACAUAGAAAUAGAGGCCAGAACUGACUUUGCUCAAGCUAUGCUUUCUGAAGUUACUAAAACUUCUUCACCAGUGCAGUUGAACUGUGAGCCUUCAGCCUGCUUGCUGCAUAUGGUUCGUGUGUUGCGUUUACCUACUGUGCUUCUUAUUGCUUCUGAUGGUCAGAGUCAGAACAAAAGAGCUAUAGAGUAUGAACUUGAGGCACUUUGCAAGAUCGGUCAGUUCCUGGCUGGUCAUCUGUGUCUUAGUUUCAGCAAAGAAGGACUCCAGCACAAAGAGGCUGAGAAAUCAACACGUGCUCAAGAACCGUGGCGUGCAUUGUAUUUAUAAGAUCUCAGGUCAGGGCUCUCUCAUAUUAUGCCAUGUUUCUACUUCCCUGAAGGAUCUUCGAGAAUGAAGUUUAUGUCAUCAACACUUACAUCUUCAGUAUCGAAAUGCUUUGGGAGGUGAAGUUAGUCUACAAUUUUCUUCCCUUCUGGAUGCAGUUAAAUUUUAGUUUAAGGUUGUUAAAACAUUAGUAACAGAAUGCCAAGUGACAUCUUAAUAUCUUUCUGUUUCAGCCCGUAUUUGCCAAUCCCUGGUAUUUGCCUAACAUUUGUAAAAAGGGUUUUAAGAGAGAACAGGUGACAUGAUACUUUUUUUGUAAGAGUAGAGCAUUGUUUGACAGUGAUUUCGGCGUGGUAUUGCUGGAAGAGAGCAGUUCGGUUGAGACUGAGGGUCCUAUGUUUCAAGAUUGCUAAACCUACUGCAGAUGUUAGAAGAUUAUAUCAAGCAUGGCGUAUUAAUAGAUGAUGUUUUUCUUGGUCUUGUAGUACUGGAUUCUCACGCUAUCUGAAAUAUUUUACUUCAUGCUUUGGUCAGUACAUAUUUGGUUGUUGGAUGUCGGUGGGUAGGAUCAGAUAAAUUUUACAUAAUAAAUAUUUAAUUACAUUGUAAUACUAUGAAUUUUGAGGACAUUAUAUUUGGGGUGAUGCAGAAAGAAUUUUUACACAA